AGAAUUGGGCUUUUCAUUAUGGGCCCGUAUGCCCUGAAGCAAUCUAUAUCUAUAUUAUUCUUAAUGCACGCUGCCAAAGCCUCCUAUUUUUACCCACUCUUUUUACCCGUUACAAAGUAACCACCUCCGACCCGAUAUCCCUGUUUUUGAAUAGCCCUGUUUCUGAAGUCAAAAAUUCCACUCUGCCUACAUACACGCUUUCUGUUACUUAUUCCCUCUCUGCUUUCUUUUCAAAAUCAGUAAAAACCGCCAGGACAAAUCAGAUCACUCACCACACAGGUAAGGCUUCGCUAGAUCAUCUAUGAUGUUAUAAACUGCAAGGCCAAUAUUCCAUGGAGAGGCCAGGUAAUGUUAAUAGCGAAGAACACAGUGCACACGAUUCUGUAAAUGAGUCUACAGGACGCAAACGCUUCAUUAGGACAAGUGAUGAUGAAAAUGAGUCUGGUGCCAAACGACGUGGCGGUGGGGCAGCUCUUCAUGAUUUCUUGCAAAAAAGGAUGCUUUCAAUGGCUUCUUCGAAGGACAAGACAAGGACGGAGUCUAAUUCAGGUUCUGAGUUCACUCUUAGGCAACCACUCGGAAAUAUUGACAGCAACUCACGUGGUGUUCAACGACAAGUAUCUAUGCAUGAAUGUGUCCAGGAGGGAACUCACAGGCAGCCGUGUAUCACUCAAAACUUUACAACAGGAGGUUCUGACUCACAAAGGCAGCCACUCGGAAAUAUUAACAUCAACGCACGUGGACAGCAGGAACAAGCUUAUGUGCAUGGAUAUAUCAGUAAAGAAACUAACAACCAGCCGUGUGGUAGCCGCGUUGUUCAUCCUCAUGUUCAGGACAAAGCAUUCAACGUGAGGACAAGCAGUGACAAGGAGAACAGUCCUUCAUUUGCGGAUGGAGUUGCUAAUUCAGAGGUUAUUAGUUCACCCGCAGUUCCCAGACGCAGAGGAAGAGGCCCCGGAAUAGAAAAUAUUUUUAAAAAAAAACUUGCCAAUGAUUCUCAGAAUAUAUCAGGCCAGCACACGUUAAAAGAUCGAGCUCCAAGGCAACGAGGUCGUGGUCCUGGUGUCAACAAUUUGAUAAAUUCUCGAGAAACUUUGAAUAGCCCUAACAAAGAGCCACCAGCUGGUAUAUUUUUUGGCAGGCUAUUUUUUGGUAGGUCAGCCAAAACCGAUCAUACAGGUUGGUUCAUGGAUGCACACGAUCAUCUCGCGGUUGUGGAUGGAAGCAAGAUGACAUGGAACGUAAGGGUCCGUGUUACAAGAAUAUGGCCUUCGACAAUACCAAAUGGUGUCAUAGUCAGAUGGAACUUGCUCCUGUUAGAUUCAGAGAACACUCACGUGCAUGCAUCCACUACCCCUGAAAUAUGGAUUCAAUUCCAGAAUUUAAUCAAUGAAGGAGUUGUGUGCAUGGUUAGGAAUUUCAGUGUCAUACCUGCCAAUGGCAUUUUCCGACCUGUGCUUCACCCACGCCAAAUAGCAUUUACAGAGGCGACCCUAAUCAAUGUUAUUCCGGAAGAGGAAUUUACAAUUCAAAUGCACAGGUUUGAAAUUAUUCCACUGGAAGACUUGCAGGAACAUGUUGUUGAAGGAAAUCCAAAUUGGCUAAAUGAAUUCUCCAUAGGUCGGUAUGCUACCAUAAAUCUUUUAAUCAUUUCCAUUCUGUAUCAUUAA